UUGUGACGUGCACGCGUAUAGUUGUACGCGACAAAGCGUUACGUAUAUGUGCCAUAAGUAUGACUUGAUCGGAACUGCAGCGGGCAGAAUCAAUUGACCUACAAUUAACUCCUCGACUUUUGAAAUAAUACAACAUUUUCUAUUUUCACAGCUGGUCGGUGAUACUUAUUCCUACGAUGUCCGCAACAAGAUCAGGACGUAGUGACAAGACGUCCCAGGAAGCCAAUGGCGCUUCCACAGGUGAUAAACGCAAGAUUGAUGAUGCAUCGUCUUCUGAACCACCAAAAAAGGCCCAGAAAAGUCUCGAAGAAACCAUGCCUGCGCUCGAAAAAAGCAAUGGAGGUAAGGAUACAGCCAUUCAGGACGAAGAAAAUGCCAAAGGCGCCGACAGCGCCAAGGAGUCCCGCGACGCUGAGGACGACAAUGAGGAGGACAAUCAGAUGAAGACUGAAGACCAACCUCAAGUCAACGAAGAGCAAAAGCCAGAACCCAAGAACGAAACCAAGGAUACAACAUCCUACACCCCUCCCUCGACCCUCGCUUCCGCCGCAGCCAUAACCCAACCCUCCUCGCGCGCAGCAUCCAUGCCCUCCAACAUCCUCGAAAAAGGCAUAAUAUACUUCUUCACCCGAUCGCGCGUCGGCAUCGACAACCCCGAAUCCGCCUCCGAUCUCCAACGCACCUUCUUCGUCCUCCGACCCAUCCCCCACGACGCCAAAAUCACCUCCGGCGCCCUCUCCGACUCAACCAACAACCGGCUCUUCGCACUGCCGAAGAAGACGUUCCCGAAAUCGCACUCGGACCGCUUCAUGGCGUUUGUCGAGAAGGCGGGGACCAGCAUUGCGGAUCUCAAGGAGGAGUUUAUGGCGGGGAAUACGUAUGAUACGAAGACGCAGGGGACGCGUGGGACGCCUGCUGUGAGCGCCGUGGGCGAGGGCGUGUAUGCCGUCACGCAGACGGGGCGCACGACGCACCUGGCGUAUAUGCUCACGGUACCGGAGGACGUGGGCGAGGUGCAGCGGGAGCUGGGCAUACGGACGCAGGGGAGUUGGGCAGUGAGUGUGAAGAAUCCGGCGAGGAAGGGGCCGGCGAAUGCGACUUUGGAUCAGGGACCGGAGUGGCCAAAGGAGUUUGUGGAUGAAUUCAGAGGGCUGGCGUGGGCGCCGGUGAAGAUGAAGUAUUUGGACUACGCGAAUGUGCAGAUUCUGUUGAUUGGAGAGGGAGGGGAGGAUGGACUUGGUGGUGCAGUAGAGGCUACCGAGAAAGACCAGAAAGAUGAGGAGAAGGAGACACCACGGGAGGAAUUGGAGAAGCUAGAGCACGAGGACGAGUUGAGAGUUGACAAGCUCGAUGGGGAUGACUCGAUAUUCGGUGAUCUCGGAAUCAGCAAGAAAGACUAUGGUCUGCUUACCAAGUGGUAGGCCUAUCAAUGAAUGUUUCGAUGCAUGCAUACGGCGAUCCCCAGAUAGCACAGCCGACACUGGCUGUUCUGUGACAACUCGAUAGCAAGUUGAUCCUGAUGGAUUUGUAGACAGUUGAUCAUCAACACAUUUGGAACUGAUCAUGGGACCACAAGUAGUUGAGAAGGCUUCAGGGCCAGACAGUUAAGCGGGAUGUGUAUUCGGCAACUGAAAACCCAGAACCACGCAAAGAUAGUAAUAUGUGAAUCGUCAAAGGUACUAGAGAUCUGUCUGUACUACCUCAACCCUGGCGCCUUGCUUUGAAAAGUUUAGAAAUAUCUAUUAGAAGUCACGGUCCAAGGGAGUCAGGGCCAAAAUUAAACACACAAAGAAAACAAAGCUUAUCUGAGGUUUGUAAACAGACGAAGUCCAGAGUGAACAUACCUCCAGCAACUGAUCGAC